CGAAAGAGAUGAAAGGAGAAUAUGCACAUCGCACGGUAGUCGAGAUCUGUACACCCGAUAUGCUGCGAGUUUACGCUUUCUUGCAAGGACGGAAUGCCACAACGAUGGCCAGUACCAGGACCAAUAUCAUUCAUCCAUCUUUACAGAGCAAACAUAUCACAAGAGACACGAGGGAUGCGCGCAUGCCCACGGGAGGCGCUAGCAAAGCCUUGGCUGUUUUACUUGCUGCAGCACUCUCAGGAGCCGGAGGCGCAGGAGCAGCUACACGCUUGCAGUCGGUCUGGCUGCAGUGGGCGUCGACGGGAACCUGGAUGGUCUAGAGAAGGCGUCAGUAUGUGUGCUUCACGAAUUCAUUAUAAAGUACUCACGGAGGCGUACAUGUUGAGCGAGUUAGUUGAUCGGGGAGUUGCUUUGAACUUCGAGUCUGGGGUCAACCGGUGGUCCGCUCGCCUUAUAUACGGUUCCAGGUGAGCAAUUUAACCUUGUUUGCGGGAUUUAACGAGGUGCCUAGUCCGACUACGGCGGCGGCGCCCACAUGCUCCAGCGCCUCCGGAAACUCGCGCAACGGUAAUUCGCGCAUGCUAGCGUGGCUUGAGGCCCAUUCGAGCGAACUCGUAGCCGACGGUCAAUGCG